AUGACCAGGCCAGAUCAGGCAUACUACACCCUAAGCGGCUUUGCAAAGCUCGACAUUGACAUCGUUGAGGCGAGGAAGUUGAUUCCGUCCAUCACAAGCAGCUUUGAGUCGUACACAGGCGAUGAACCAGAUGGCUUCGUGAAGGUCUUUGUAGACGAUACUUUCAAGUACUCCACACAUUCCAUCAACAACAACCGCUCCCCACAAUGGAACGAUCCACAGUCCUUCGACAUCGUUGCAGAUCUCAGCAUGAUCCGCGUGGCCGUCUUUGACUUGGAUGGCGAGCCGGGCUCCAACCUUGAGGAUGCCAUCGGAUUCGUGGAGUUUUGCAUCGCGGACAUUCCAUUCGACGAGGAGAUCGAUGGAUGGUUCGAGCUGCGCUUCCCGAACAAUCUCCAGGGCAUCAACACCGACCGAUAUUACGAGCACAUGCACAUGCGCGAGGAGGAGAAGUGUCAAUCUCGCCCAACCGAGCCACCGCAGAAGAAGAAAGGAAAGAAGGAGGACAACAAGAAAGACACGGCAGCGGAGGAGCUAGGAGACGACAUUUACGUGCAGAGCUCGGCAAAAGUGAAGAGCGGAGUGAUGGGACGAACGCUGAAAAGAUUGGCCUUCAUCACUGGGACGGGGGACAAGAACAAUCCCGCGAGUGAUGAGCAGUACAACGCCGGCGAGAUUCACCUGAAGCUGAAGCUCCGUCGCGUGGUGAGCGACAACACGGCUUUGUUUGCGAAAGCUUUAGUACCAUCCUACAUGACCUACGCCACCUUCAUUCAGGAAGAGUUCUUGCCCAAGCUCGAUUUGCAGGAGUUGCUGGAUGACUCAAUGGACAUUAAGAUCGAAGUCGUUGACGACAUGCUGUUCGCCAUGCUUGCAUUCUUCAGCUAUGUUCUGGCUUGGCGUUCCUGGCUUCUCUCGGGCCUGCUCUUCAUUGCUGUGGUGUCUAUGGCCAAGAACUCGAUGCUGGCUUACGGCUUCUUCCACGCCUGGCUCGCUUUAGUGUUGAUCUUGUUGAAAUCAGAGGACUGGCGCACCCGCAUGUCAACAAAUGGCAUGAACGCGCCCCUCAACGAGGAUGGGCUGAAGCAAGUCGCGCGCUUCAACUCCACCGACGAGAUGCAUGUCUAUCUGAUCCGUAUGGUCCAGUCAAACUGUGGCACCAUCUCCGGCUGGCAGGAGCUGGUCCACUUUGCUGGAACGGUUGUACAAGGAGAUGGGCAAGUUGACGUUACUUACGACCAACUCCUACAGGCGCUGAAAGACCUGUGGUUCCUGGAUUUUCCUACAGGAAAUCCAGUUGAAGUGGGUUCCCUGGUGCGCGUGCAUGAUAAGCGCCGUGGAACCGUGACCCGCAUUGACCGCGCCAAUGACAAGGUGGAGGUGGACUUUGACGAGCCGCACUUCAUGGACUCGAGAAUGAGCACGACGGCCCACAUGAAAAACGUCUCCGUGCGGCCUUAUGCACCAGCCAUCCCGCGCAUCCUCGUGCCAAAGUCACUCCGUGGACUGGUGACGUCGAUCCAGUUUCAGGUGGAGUCGGUCAAGAAGGCGAUACUUCCGGCCACGGAAGGAAUCCGCGCUUUCUUUGUGUGGAAGUACCCCUGCUACAUGGGCUUGGUGCUCACCUACCUGAUCUUCCGUUCCUACGUUUCCUUUUACGCGUUUGCCGUCGAAGACAGCUGGUGCCACACAGCCAUAGUCGUGAUGACCUACCUGCGAAAUGCGAUUGGUGGAAUUCUUGUCAUCUUGGUGCUCUUCGGCCAAGCGAGGAUAUUCAAGAUUAUUCGCGGGAUUGGCCUCAUGAUUGCGUCCAAAUGCUGCGACCGACGUAGGGCACCGGAAUGCUGGAAGUUUUUCAAGCAGGCCGAUGAGCCAUACUUGAAGAAGACCCAGUGA